AUGUCUGUUGAUGAACGAUACAGUUACAUAGGAGAAUGGUACGAUCCUCAAGCAUCGAUGACACGCACUUAUCAAGUACUCUUUUAUCCAUCGGAUAAUAGUAUCGAGAUGUAUGAUACUAAAACUCGUCGUACAUUUUUGAAACGUACAAAAUGCGACACGAUAAAAAUGCAAGACUUUUUUGUUGGAAAUACAAUAAAUAUCUUUUCUCGAUCGAUCAAAAUUGCCGAUUUUGGUGAUGCAUUUACUGCUAAAUCUGUUGGCAAAAAUCAGGAAAGAACCUUGGCAAUUAUCAAACCAGAUGCUAUUCGACAUUUAGGUGAGAUCAUAAGUGCAGUUUAUGAGAAUGGCUUUAACAUUGCUCGAAUGCGAAUGGUGAAAUUGUCACAAAAUGAAGUGAUGUAUUUCUAUUCCGAACACAAAACAAAGGAUUUCUUUCCACGUUUAUGUGAAUUCAUGACAAGUGGUCCACUUGUUGCUAUGGAAUUAGUCGGACCCGAUGCAGUCAAUCGUUGGAGAAGUAUGAUUGGACCGACAGACACACAGCGAGCUAGAGAACAAGGCUCACAUUUACUACGUGCACGAUUUGGCACAGAUGGAACAAGAAAUGCUUUACACGGAUCUGAUUCAGCAUCAAGUGCUCAACGAGAAAUUUCCUUCUUUUUCGGAUCAAAAUAUGGUGUUAAUACGGCAUGCUACAACGAUACGACAUGCUGCAUCAUUAAACCACACGCCGUUGCUGAAGGAAGAGCUGGACACAUCAUCAAUGCGAUUCUAAUUGCCGGCUUUCAAAUUUCUGCUAUCGGAACGUUUAGCUUGGAUAAAGUAAACGCCGAAGAGUUCUUUGAAGUUUACAAGGGUGUUGUGCACGAAUAUCCAAAAAUGGUUGAAGAAUUGAUGUCAGGUGCGUGUAUCGUUCUCGAGGUCCGUGCACAAAAUGCUCAAGCAGUUUUCCGUGACUUCUGUGGGCCAGCUGAUCCAGAAAUCGCUCGUCACAUUCGUCCAAGAACACUCCGUGCUUUGUACGGAAAAGACAAAGUGAAAAAUGCUGUUCAUUGCACAGAUUUAGCUGAGGAUGCUUCACUAGAAGUAAAACAACCAAGCGAGGGAUUUAUUUUUUAUCAUUAA